GGUCGUCCAGCGGGGAGACGAAUCGGACUCUCUACGGCCGCAGAGGGCAACGCAAGCCGAGAGGGUAGGCCAGCGAGUCCAGCCACAGCGCAAGCCGCGAGCUGCGCCAGCCAGCGAGCCGCAGGAGCCGCCUAGAGCAAAAUAGACUCAGGAGACCUCCUCGGGCUACAGAGCGGUGUCUCGGGAGGACGGGCGCAUCUGUGCCGAGACACCACCCGCAGCGAGCGCAUUGUGCCGCGAGGUCACGCCGCAGCGACCAUGGCGGAAAAUAUGCGCCGCGUCGACUCCGCCGAAUUGCUCGACUUGCUAAUAGAACAGAUGGAAUUAGAAGAGACGCAGGACAAGCCCCCCACGCCGAAGAAGACGCCCUCGAAGCGCCCGCGCGAGGAGGACGCCGACCGUAAGUUGCAACCGGACGACUUCGAACCUCUCGCUUUGAUAGGGAGGGGCGCGUUCGGCGAAGUACGAUUAGUACGAAGAACAGACACGAGGCAAAUCUUCGCGCUCAAGUCCAUGCUCAAGAGCGCCAUGGUCGCCAAGAACCAGGUAGCUCAUAUAAAAGCGGAGCGAGACAUGCUGGCCCUGUCCGAAGACCCGUCCAUAGCCAUGUUAUAUGAUUCCUUCCAGACGCAGUCCCACCUAUACAUGGUCAUGGAGUUUCUGGCCGGUGGGGACUUGAUGUCUCUACUAGUCAAGUUAGAUACACUCCCAGAAGACGCCUGCAAGUUUUAUAUCGCGGAGAUCGCCCAAGCUAUCCAGGCGGUCCAUGAUCAUGGGUUUGCGCACCGCGACGUCAAGCCCGACAACGUGUUGUUAGGUGGAGAUGGGCACGUCAAGCUCACGGACCUAGGAUUAUGUGCUCGUGUCACGCGUUCUGAACAGACACCCAUCCAGCCCACGGCCACAUAUCCUACUUUUACCGAACGGGGCGACGCGACGCCGCCGCGGCCGCCACCAUCUCCUGCAGAGUCGCCAGGGUUCGGCGAGAGCGACGACACGCCGAGAAAAAGACCUCGGGAUCUGGCUUAUAGCACAGUGGGCACGCCGGACUACAUCGCACCCGAAGUCUUGCAACCAAAAGUAGGGUACGACUUCGCCUGCGACUGGUGGAGUUUAGGUGUCAUCAUGUACGAGUGCCUUGUUGGUUAUACACCCUUCUACGCCGACGAUGCCCGAAGGACCUGUCGCAAAAUCCUGGAUUGGCGGCGGCAUCUGGCCUUGCCGCGGGACGCGCGGGCGCGCCUGUCGACGCGCUGCGUGUCUUGUUUAGCCGCGUUAUUGGCGGAUGCUCGAGAUAGAUUAGGUGGAACAAAUGGUUUGGAAGAUUUGAAGCGGCACGAGUGGUUAAGAGACGUGGAGUGGGACCAUCUUAGAGAAAGACCGGCGCCCUACGCGCCGGCGGGCGGCGCCGAGGUCGCCGCUCUGUUGGAGGAAUUGUCCAAUGUGAAGUUGGAUGAUGCGCGCUGCGAGGGCCUCGUCCAGGCCGUGACGGCGAACUUCGACGGCGUGGCCGUCGGCGCGGCGGCGGCCUGGGGCUCGUCCACGACCGCGCCGGGCGCGCGGACGCGGCGCGCGCCGGGCCAGCCCGCCACCACUCCAAAGCCGCCGUCCGUGCCCGACGACGCGUUCCUCGACUAUACUUAUAGAAGACGCCGCGCGCCCGGGGCCGACGACCCCGCGGCCGUCGAGCGGGCGCGGGCGUCGCUCGAGACGCUCGCGAAGCGGCCGACGCUCCGGGAGAAGUCGCGCUCGGCGGGCUCCGUCGGCGAGGUCGUGGUGGAGGUCGGCGUCUGAGACCUGCGCGCCAACUUCGGUGCCCCGAUUAGCGCGGCGCGCGGGCGCAAAACGCGUUUGGGCUCGACCCUGUUUACUAGUAAAGACUUUCCAUGUA